CCCCUGUAAGUCUUAAUUCGGGGUCGACUUCAAUCUCAAUUGGCCCGUAGCUAGUAUCAUCCCUGCUGCUUCUGCCCUGUUUUCGGGUGUACUUACGACAAGUUUUAGCCACAUAGAGUCAAGCCACUUAGAUCCCUUAAAACGGAGUAUAAUUAAAUAAGAUCUCUCGGACGCGAUGGGGCGGCGUCAAGACAAUAUGAAGUGCAUACUAAUUUUGCUUUUCAGUCAGUGACUUGUUCGUGCGUCUCUCGUUAUUCGUCUUUUUUUCGUUCCUUCAUUACCUCGGUCGACGUUGUGUUGCCUUUAGACGUGACAUUCGUAUAUAUCGGAUGGAAAUUUAUACCUACUUGAAAAAUGGCUGCUGCUGAGGUUGACGAGGCUGUCCCCGCUGGCGCCGCUGGCGGUGCUGAUGAAAUUAAACCCUACAAAAUCCACGUAUCGUCGAAAUAUCUGGAACUCACAAAGCAGAAGCUCGAAGUGACUCGACUGCCUCAUGAGCUCUCGGAACCAAAAUCGAAAGACUGGUGGGAGCCAAAGUCUCAAGUAGAACCACUCAUUGAUUUCUGGUUGGAACAGUACUCAUGGAGAGCGCAAGAAGAUCGGUUGAAUACCGAGAUACCUCAAUUUCGUACUGGGUUUUCAAUUCCUUCGUCUGAAGCACUCGUUAGAAUUCACUUCAUCCAUGCUCGUUCAUCUCAUUCAAAUGCGAUACCCCUUCUUUUGAUACCACCUUUCCCCAUUUCAAACCUUUCUUUUGGACACAUCAUCAAACGAUUCACAGAACCGGAAGAUGCUGCGAAUAAUCAGCCCUUCCACUUGGUUAUACCGGCUCUACCGGGUCUGGGGUUCAGCGACGCGCUUCCGAACAAUACCCCCGCAAUCUCAUCUACAGCAGAAAUCUUUAACUUGUUGAUGAGCCGAUUAUCGUAUCCUCACUAUCUAAUAACAAAUGCGAGUUCUGGAGUCGCUUCGCCGGCGGAAAUCGACUUUAAGCUUGCCAACCAUCUGGCAACUUAUUUCACCGAUUCUUGUCUGGGUGCUCACUUAAUAUCACCACCUCUAGCGCGGCCGAAGCUACGGGGAGCACCGGUCGAAUGGGCAAAAUGGUCCGUUGCAAGUUUGUUUCAUGCUCCAAUUCUUGGUUAUCACAAAGAAGAUUUCUCGGCUCUUAAACGAAACGGCUUUGCUCGUUUGCCAAAGAGAGGGCCUGCUCUGCCUCGAUUUGGAUUGAAUCAGUUAGGACUUCGAGAGCCAAAUACCUUAGCAUAUGCGUUGUGCGACUCCCCAACGGGUUUGUUAGUCUUCGUAUUGAAGAUACUUCGCUUGCUUGAUCCUAAGAAGGAGUUCACCCCUACAGAGGUAAUUGAUCUCACCCAGCUCUCUUGGCUCCCUGGUCCGGAGUCAGCGAUGAGGUUCUGGGCUCAUUGUGCUCGGUACCCGGAAGUGGAAAAGAAAGUUAAUUCACGACCGAAAAUCGGCGUCACAGUAUUUCUAGGCGAUGAGCCUGAUACGAACGGGGGCGCUGAGGACGAGGCUACGGAGUUGAUGCAAGACGAGGCAAAGGAUUUUUAUAUGUGUCCUAGCUGGGCCAAUGCAAAAUACAAUGUGGUCCAUGUCAACCGUGCAUCAGGAAGACCAGGACUUAUAGCUUGGGAUCGACCCGAGAUCAUCGCUACGGGCGUAAGAGGGGUAGCAGCUUCAAUUUUGCGGUCGGAUUCCCGGUUACGGCCUGCAGCGGCUCCUGUAGAACAGGUGGCAAUUCACCAGGAUGCUGCUGGUGAGCAGCCAGCGUCUCCGCCGGCGCAACCCGCUCUAGCACUUCUGGCACCGCCAGGGGGCGGGGAGCGCAGCCAUCCACACAGAGAAGUUAGUGAUGAGACAGCUGUAGGAAGCAACGAGAACAAGUCUGGGAAAACCCCUUCCCCAACUCCCAAAGUGUUAAAUCCAACGCAUCUCGCACCACCAGCUGACGAACGAGGACACCCACGCAGAGAGGCCAGUGAUGAUACGGCUGUAGAAUAGCCAAAUAACUAAGGGGAAUGACAAUUCAGGAACAUGAGUUGAUGUUGACUUUGUUACGGUAAUUAUUUAGAGGGGUCGGAAGAAUGAAUUGGUAGCCGGACGGCCUGUAUAUAUACCUUUUUUAUUAUGUUAUUUUUGGUGUGUUUAUUGUUGAUGAUACCUUGUGAAUGAGAAUGAUGGAUGGAUGGGACUUUUGGGCCAUACAUUCUGGUAUUUAUUGGUUAUGUGGGUGUGUAUAUGGAUUAGAGAGCCCAUGGCGAAGAAAAAUAACUAGAAUAAAAAUGUAAAUCAAACUUCUUCACGUAUGUUAUUCCAUCCACUUCAGCUUGUCGGACAAGUUGGAAUUAAUAAAUGUUCAAAUCAAGAGC